AUGGCAUCCAACUUACCAAGGUUCAUCAGGCUAAUGGUUGAAGGCGAAACGUAUUACGCGACGUUUGCGAUGUACAAGGGUGAAGCCGACGGUAUUGUAUCUUGUAUUAGAGAUGAUGUGCUAAGUCCAUACGCGAAGAUAGAAGUUGAGCCAGCCCUGGUUGACGAAAAGUACGUUCACCUGCGCUAUACUCGUACGAACAAAUAUUGGAGCCGGAACAACGACGGCCUUCUGGUUGCUGAAAACACCAUGCCCGAGGAAGACACUACACGCUCAUCCUGCACCUUGUUUGAGCCAACUACUCCUGAUCAAGACGGGGUCUUCGAGUUGAUCCACGUCCCCACACAAUAUAUUGUUCGAGCUGAUGGUGAUCAGCCGCGCUUCUCCAUCCGAGAUCCUCCAUCGUCGUCCACCAGAUUCCGCUAUGUGGACUGGGAGACAUUACUUAAACUCCCAACUGAAUGCGCUGUUGCCUUCAAAGGAGAUAACGGCAAAUAUCUUCAAUUACACUCAAAGGAUGAUGUCCAGUACCUCCAGUUCUCCUCCGACGAUCCCAACAAUGUGGCAGCUGCCCAUUGGUUCGAUCAGGUACCGCUAGGAGACGUCUACAUAUCGCCAGGCAUGCAGUUUAAUAGUCCCACUCUUUGGGCCAGCAGUCCUAAUUGGAUAUGCAUCGGAAAAGAUUCAAACUACAUUACUUUUAAGCCGGUCAAAGUUGGUGACAACAGCAUUGCCCUUUUCAACACCGGCGUCCAGCGCUUCUGCGGCCGCACCACCGCCGAAGGUCUCACCGACUGCCUCAACGCUAAUCUUUCCACUUUUCCCAACAUAGCGAAAUUCGUGGUGCAAGAGCUCGUUCUGGAAAGAAAGAUCUACAAUGUCAAAUAUGAUAUGGGAAUAAGCUCAAUAUCCGACGAGCAGCCUUACAUUGCAGGCCAAUCCGUCGUUGUUAACGACUCAUCCGAGGAGGCUGUUAUGGCAGUUGAGAUCACGUAUCAAGACGAGAAAUCUUACACUUUCAGCCAGAGCUUGGCUGUCACCGCAGGGGUCAGCGCCACCAUCGAAGCAGGCAUUCCCUUCAUCGAGAGUGGCUCCAUCACCGUCUCUCUGGAAAUAACUGGAGCGUUUGAGUGGGACACCACCACCACCACUACAACGUCUGUUACGGCUUCGGCUUCGGUUAAUGUGCCCCCUAAGAGUGCUCUUGUAGUUAAGUAUGUUGGGACAAAGGGUACCUGCACUGUUCCCUUCUCUUACACUCAGCAAGACAAGAGUUCACUCGACGGCUCGAUCACUCGUAUCCGCAAGGAUGACGGUUCCUACACUGGCGUCAGUUGUUACAACUUCAACUUCCAGGUCGAAAAGGCUCAAUCGCUCACUCUCCCCAAUUAA